AGCCUAUUUUUCAGGUGACUUUCGAUUAUAUUUUACUUGUAUAGCGAUUUCUACCGUAUAUAUUUUUUUAGCAUUUUUGCUGCCUUAUAGUACAGCACAAUACAGUAUUUUAUUUGUAUUCAUCGGAAGCUAUGGGUAAUGAGGAAGAGAAAAUUUUGGCGAGCCGUUUGCCGGAAAAAGAACCCGGCCUGGCAAAAGAUAAAACUCUAUGGAGUUACACAGAGGCAAGAAUUGCCGAAAUAAUCGCCAAAUUUGGAGACAAAGACAUGUGGAUCGAUGGAGCUACGGAUGAGAAGAUAUCUUUUCAAAGUUUUCUGACCAUGGUGAAGAAAACUGCUGCUGUUUUGAAAGAAAAGUAUGGAGUUGGACCAGGGUCGGUGAUGUUAGUGUGCUCCAAGAAUGACAUCAACUUUUUCAUUCCCGUUUACGCUGCUGUUGCUCUGGGAGCAGUGGCAUUUACAGUACCUGAUUAUUCCUCCAAUUGCAUUCCGACUCACUUGGCCGAAGAGAACGUGCCUGUCAUUGUUUGCGAUCAUUCGUCAUUACUGGAGAUAGAGAAAUAUGUCGACGAGGCAUUUGAGAAAUCAUCUGAUGAAGAUCGGGUCAGAUCGCAAAUCAUCUUGAUGUCAGGAACCCAUGCGGGUUAUCUUGAUGUGAGAAACAUUGCGACGGGCAACGCUGACAAAAACAUUGCCAGUGCUGGAAUAUCAUUUUCGCAGUACAAACCAGACAUGUUGCUUGGUGCCAUUCAGCGAUACAAGGUGACGACUGUUUGGCUGUACCCAAAAGACGCCAUGUACUUGACAAAGCUACCAGAAGAAACUUGGAAAGAAUUUGAUUUGUCUCGGGUUUGUCGGAUGAGUGCUGGUGCUGCCAUUUUUCCUGCGUCAAUUGUCGCUGUUAUGCGAAACAUUUUCCCCAACUUGAACCGCCCUAUAUCUCAGACGUAUGGAAGCACUGAAAUGAUGCUGACUGUUUCGUCUUCCACGUUGAUGUGCUCAGAACAGGAGGCAGGAUUGGGUGUUCUGGCUCCACGAACCAAGUGUAAAGUCAGAAAAACUUCGGAUAAGAACCUGCUGCUUACUGGUGGAGCCGAGUUCAUCAAAUCCAUGGUCAUGAGUCCUGGUGGGAAAAUUUAUAGAAUGAAACUAAGGGAAGAUUUUAUCCAGCAACAAAAGCUGCGAGUGUAA